UCCAGUGGCAGGCUGGGGGAAACACGUCUCCAGGAAGAGCGCUGUAAACAAGCCAAGUUGCUGAAUGUCCUUGAGUCACCGGCUCUUCAUCUUGACUGCCUUGUAGUUUCCUGUCCCCCCCCCCUGGGGGGGGGAGGGUCAUGGGUCAUGCCUUCUCUUUCUUUCCAGGGCUGUUUUAACUCCCAGGAGGUGAGGAGGCUUUCUCCUCCCCACUCCCACUGCCUUCACCGCCUCCCUCCCCGGGCCCAGAGCGCACAGUUCUGGGAUUAGGAGGGAGGUGAAAGCAGAGGUAAAGGAAGCAGGGAGUGUCCAUCUGCAGGACGUGGGAUCUGGCCAGGCGUGGCUGGGCAGUGGCACCCUUGGGGACAUUCUCGGCUGGGGACAUCUGAAUGGGCCGGGAGGCAUCACCUCAUUCAGAAAACCAUGUGUCUGAGGUCGGCCAGAAGUUGGCUCAAGUCACCAUUGAGUAGCGGUGAGAGUGAUCUGUGUGGGGUGAGGCUCAUGCCAUCUGAGCCUCAGUCUCCCUUUCGGUAAAAUGGGGGCACUCUCGACACCCUCCUUGCAGGGAGAGGGGCACAAGUUUCCCCUGUCCUAGCAUGAUGCCUGGCAUGCGGCAGGCACCGGUAAAUGACAGGAUCGCUCUAUCUGCACAGGACUUGAUGGUUGGCUAGUUGUGGGAGCACUGUGGUGCUGGUGGUCCUGCGGGACCCCAGCCUCUUUCUCUGCUCUCUUGCAGCCUCCGGAAGAGCUGAGUUAGGACUGUAGAAGCAGCAGAAGCAGAACCUUCACCUGCCCAGGGCAUCUUGGAUAGGAUCCCACUGUGGGAUCACCCACGUGGGAGGCUGGCCUCCAACUUGGAGCUUUAGUGGCCCUGGAAAAUUGGCCAGUCUCCGGUGAUGGUGUGGAGGGGAUGACUGUUAUCUUUCUUCUCCCGCUCAGUUGAAGAGGCUCAGGUGUCAGGAAGCAGCUGUUGGGGACCCCAUGAUCUCCUCCUUGUCACCCCCUCCACCCGCCGGACUUGAGAUCUGACCCCCGACCCGCCUGCCGCCCUCGGGAGGCCCGCCCCCCAGCACGAUGCCUAUCCUCAAGCAGCUCGUGUCCAGCUCGGUGCACUCCAAGCGCCGCUCCCGCGUGGACCUCACGGCCGAGAUGAUCAGCGCCCCCCUGGGCGACUUCCGGCACACCAUGCACGUGGGCCGGGCGGGGGACGCCUUUGGGGACACCUCCUUCCUCAACAGCAAGGCCGGCGAGCUGGACGGUGAGUCCCUGGAUGAGCAGGCCUCCACCUCGUCCUCCAAGCGCAGCCUCCUGUCCCGGAAGUUCCGGGGCAGCAAGCGGUCGCAGUCGGUGACCCGGGGCGACCGGGAGCAGAGGGACAUGCUGGGCUCCCUGCGGGACUCGGCUCUGUUCGUCAAGAACGCCAUGUCCCUGCCCCAGCUGAACGAGAAGGAGGCGGCCGAGAAGGGCUCUGGCAAGCUGCCCAAGAGCCUGUCGUCCAGCCCCGUGAAGAAGGCGGGCGCCGGCGAGGGCAGCCAGGAGGAGGUGGGCGAGGGGGAGCUUGGGCCUCGGCGGAAUGGGGCCGCCGCCCCCCACUCCCCGGACCCUCUCCUGGACGAGCAGGCCUUCGGGGACCUGACAGAGCUGCCCGUCGUGCCCAAGGCCGGCUUGGGGCUCAAGCACGCCGAGUCCAUCAUGUCCUUCCACAUUGACCUGGGGCCGUCCAUGCUGGGCGACGUCCUCAGCAUCAUGGACAAGGAGGCAUGGGAACCGGAGGAGGAGGAGGAGGAGGAGGAGGAGUUGGAGGGGGGUGGCGGGUACCAUGACAACGGGGCCAAGGCCCGCGGCGGCACCCUGCUGGCUCCCCUGGCGGCUGCGGCGGCCCCUCCCAGGGCCAGGCAGGAGGGCGCGGCCGGCCGGGACCUGCCCCAGGACGAGGGGUGGGCGGCGGCCCCCAGCCCGGCCUCGGCCUGCAGCGAGGGCAGCCACACUCCGCGGGACAGCAGCUCCCUGUCCAGCUGCACCUCGGGCGUCCUGGACGAGCGCAGCCCGGCCUCCCGGGGCCCCGACAGGGCCCGGGCCCCACUGGCCCGGCAGCCCGACAAGGAGUUCUCCUUCAUGGACGAGGAGGAGGAUGAGGAGAUCCGAGUGUGAGUGAGGGGCUCCCGGCGGGGCUCCGCCUCCUCCCUGCCCCCGGGGCCGCCGCCCCCUUCCCUGCCCCCUCCCCGUGCACUGCAGCCGAGAGCCCGCCUUUGGCCCGCAGACCCUGGACUCUCCCGGGCGCGGGGAGCUGGCGGGGGGCUGCAGCAGGGUGCACGCAGCCCCGCUGAGCGCUGCGGGACAGGAACCGGCCGUCCCUUACUCCCCCCCCCCCCCCCGCCCCGCCCGCCCCGGCCUCAGGUGGAUGCCAGCCGCCGGCCAAGUUCCUGCCUGGUGCGGCCGCCGCAGCUCAGCCCCGGGACGGCCCGGGGCCACGGCUAAGGACGCUUGGCUCACCUUUCCUCUCCUGGCGUUUCUGCUGCGACUGGUGGCGCGUGGCAGGAGGAAGGGUGGUCACGGACCCUGGCCCCCUCCAUCCCUCGUCCCCAGCUCCUGCACCAGAAGCCUGGAGCCCCUCGGAGCAAAGCCGGACCAGAUGUGUGCACUAAACGCAGCCCCUUCCAGGGGACGAGAACGGGAUGGGGAACGAAAGGAGGCCCCGGGCUUCUUGAAUUUUCUAGAAGGGGCUCUUUCCAGGAUGACACUAGGAACAGGCUGGGCACUCACUCGCUCGGUCCCUGUUGAUUUGUUUGUUCUUCUUGUCAUGUUUAAAUCCUUCCAGAGCGGUAUCUGGAACAGUGUUAAUAGGUCUGCCGCCAGAAGGAAAAUCAGAUCCUUUUAGAAAACCUUUAUACUAAGUGCUUCCAAACUUUAUUUAGAACCGUAUGGGGUGGGUGUCUGUGCAUGUCUGUCCCUCCUCCCACCCCAUAGCUACUAACAACUGAAGGCAGCCCGUGUAGAAAAUUUCUGGGAGAUGAUUUUU